GGAAGUUCACUCGGUAACCAGGAGAAACAGGAAGUGGGUGCUGAGUUUGGAUUUGGCCGUUAGUCUGGAUGAUUCGGAAUCAUUUUAACGGAACAAAUCUGACGAAGGUUCCAGAACCUGCGGCUGAACACUGUGGCGCGGUUGAACGAUGGCCUUGCCGACCCUUUCCUCUCGCUGGCCGAGGCGGUUCCGUCCUCUGGAGCAUCAGCUGCGUCAGAGAGAACAGGAAACGCGGCGUCUCCAGCAGUGGCAGAUGCACUCGCAGUAUUUUAAACAGCAGCAGAUUCGCUGCAGUAAAGAGGCGCACUGGAGCUCGCACGAGUCCUAUCAGCAGAGGUAAUCACCACGUCAGGAGACGGAUCAGCAUGCAGGCGUUCCAGCAGGAGGAGAGGAGGAGGAACCUGGAGGAGCGCAGGAAGCGUCUGAGGAGACUGCUGCAGGAGGAGGACGCAGAGCUGGAGGCCGAGCUCCGAGCCGCCGCCCGGGACAGGAGCGCCACCUUCAGGCAGCAGCAGCAACAACAGCAGAGAGCUGAGGCUCUGCGAUCAGCCCGCGAGGAGCGCAGGAAGACGCUUGCAGAGGAGCUUCUGAAGGAACACUGGAGGAAGAACAGUCCAGACCUGCGCAAGGUGGAGUCGGAGCUACAUAAGGAGCAUGUGGUGAGCCAGUGGCAGGUGCAGCAGCAGCACAAAAAACAGGCGGAGGAGGAGGCUGUGCAGGAGAGAGAACGUUUUGAGAACGAGUACGAGAGGAGCAGACAGGAGGCGCUGGAGAGGAUGAAGGAGGAGAAGGAGAGGAGGAAAGAGAAGGAGAGGGAGAGAGCCGAGUACCUGCAGCAACAGAUGGAGGAGCUCAAACUCCGAGACCAGGAGAGUCGGCGUCUGCAGCAGGAGGAGGACGCUCUGCUGUUCCAGCGUUUGGAGGUGGAGCAGAUGGAGGAGGACAGGAGGAGAGCCAAGGAGAAGCAGAAGAACUCUGAGUUCAGACGCCUCCUGAGGCGUCAGUACCGAGCGCAGCUGAAGAGACGAGCGCAGCAGGUCCAGGAGGAACUCGAGGCGGAUCGGAGGAUCCUGGCGGCGCUGCUGGAGGCUGAGAAGGAGGAGCGGCGGGUGCAGAGUACGAGGAGGAAGAGGGCGGCGGCUGAUAUGGCGUGGAUGAAGGUGGUUCUGGAAGAGCAGCUGCAGCUGGAGAGAGAGAGAGAGGCCGAGUUCGACCUGCUUUACAGAGAGGAGGCACAGAGGGUGUGGGAUCAGCGUGAGGCUCAGUGGGAGAGGGAGAGGAGAGCCAGAGAGAGACUCAUGGAUGAGGUGCUGACUGUGCGUCAGGAGCAGCUAGAGGAGCAGAUGGAGGAGAAGCGCAAGGCUCGAGAGGAGUGUGAGAGGAGGAGGGCGGAGCUUCUCCAGCAGCUGGAGGAGGAAGAGGUGGAGAUACAGCAGCAGAGGGAGGAGCAGGAGCGGCAGCGCACAGCACACAUGCACGACAUCAGCGCUCAGGUGGAACAGAAGCGCAGGGAGCAGUGGGAGGAGCAGCAGAGACUCAAGCAGGAGGAGGCGGAGCUGAGGGAGAGGCUGAGGCUGCAGGAGGAGGAGCUUCAGCUGGAGACAGAGAGGAUGACUCUGCGUGGCUACGAGGAGAGGAGUUACAACAGACCUCGCUCAGCCUGGAUAUGAGGACACGCCCACUCUCUCACCGUGGUUGGUUGUGGUUUUGCGGCUGUAGAUCAGGUGGAGUGUGAGAACGGGAUCAGGUGUGCGUCAGGACGGAACCCUCGACGCUGAAGUGUGGAUUCGGUGUGUGAAAAAAACUUCACCUCAUUAUAGGAAUGUUUGUUUUAAUGAACAAUGGACUGUUUUUUUUUUUUUCCUCUUAAAAUUAUGUUCUGACAAGCAUCCAUCAGGCCAAGUGGGCGGAGCUUAUGUUAACACUAACAGUGACAUCACUUCUCGAGCACUCCAGCCAAGUUAAUGUUAUGUAAAGUAUUGUGAUGUCACAUGAUUGAGUUUACUUUCUGCUGACCAAAUUUAACUUAAGCUCCGACCCUUUUUUUUUUUUUUUAACACGAUGAAUAAUGUCACUCUUUUUUGUGUAUCAGUACGUGCCAAAUUAAUCUAAUCUACACCAGGGUGAGUUGUGCUGAGGUUAGUGUUAGAUUAGCUCACGAGUGUUAGCUAGCUUUAUAGCCUAGCUUAAUAUUUUAUAGAAAUGAAUUUAUAGUGACUUGUAUCACUGAAAUGCUCUGUACAUAUUUGUAAAUUUUAUAAUUAAAUAUGAUUUUUCUGAC